CCCUAAGAGAAGGCAAACAAAAAGGUUGUUUAUACACACAAAGGCUUUUCUUCAUUUCAGUGUUGUGGGAGUUUCGAGGACGUUUAUAAACAGUGGUUCUUCUACUCCAUUUCUUUUAGUGUGUGGACAAGUUUUUUGUGUUCAUGUUGAUGGGUUGGUGUUUUUGGAAUUGGAGGACAUGAAGAAGGUCAGGUUUAGGACUGUGAGAGAGCUGUAUGGUGGUACUGAGGAAGAAGAAGGUUUGGUACCCAUAAAGCAUUUGCAGCAGGGGUCAUCCUGCACUGAAGAACAAUUUGAUAGGCAUUUCUCAAGGUGUGAAUUUCAAAUGGGAGAAGAGUCUAGGACAUGCAACUUCUCAAACAGUACAUUUCAAAAGGCAGAAGAAUGUAGUACAUGCAACGUGCCUGCCACCCCAUGCUCACCAUCUAUGCAUCUCGAACGAAUGGCAUCAGUAAUGGUUACCAAGGUUGAUGCGUUUUCAGAUGAAGCCUGUAAGAGGAGAGCAGCUUGUGGCAGCUCUUCUAGUGAUGUUGAUCUGUUAUCUCCUUCGUCGAGUAGUGGAUGCAAUGGUCGACAGCACACAAGCAGUGAAAUAAGCAAUGUUUUUAGUGCAUGUUGUAGUCAUGAUUCAUUCUCUGAAAAUGUAGAAAGUAAACCUAUUUUGAAGUCCACUGAUGUUUCAGAAAACAUUGAGAUGCAUGUAAAGGUAAACACUGGCCCUACCGCUGAAGGACAGCAUGAUUUUCCAAAAGUGCAAAUAAUUUAUCCUCAAGUGUACUCAAUUCAGCUUCAGAAGCAGAAAGAAAUGGAGUGCCUCGGUGAUAAUGUCUCGUGCAUCAGUAGAUCAGACUACACAAAAAUGAUUGUUGGAGAUCAUCAUGGUGAUGCCAACAUGAAGAAUUUAUUGUGUACUUCAGCUUCAGUUGAUAGCGUUCCUGCUGUUGAAAAGGCUAUUAAUGAUCAACCUGCCUGCCAUUAUCUGGCUAGUAGUAGUCAUUUUGACAAAGUGGACAAUCAUGAUCCUUGGAGGCCAAACUUUGACAAAGAAUCUGCGCAGGCUGUAGCAGAUAUUUCAAGCAAAUCAGAUCAAUCAGAAAUUUCUUCCUUGAGAGAUUUAUGUGCUGGUGCUAACUUGCUGAAGGGAGAGCCUUCUGACUGCUCUGAGGAACAGGUGGAAUCAUCAUUAAAAAGAGUGGCAACCUUCAGGGUUGGUAGACAGAUGCAAGAUGUGCAUAACCUUGCUGCAUCUAUGAUAGAUGAUGCUGAAAUGAAUAACGGAAAUUUGGCGGUUGAAGCUGUAUUAUGUUUAGAUCAAAAGGACCACAUUGGGAAUUCUUGUGCAGUGGUUGCAGAGCCCAAUAUACAGGAGCCUCCUUUGCAAUCCCAGAUUGGUGACUGCAAUGAUACAUCAAUUACAUUGGAGGAUGAAGUAAAAGUUUGUGAUAUUUGCGGUGAUGUAGGCCGGGAAGAGUCUCUUUCUAUUUGUAGCAAAUGCUAUGACGGUGCUGAACACAUCUAUUGCAUGCGUGUUAAACUGGACAAAGUUCCUGAAGGCGAUUGGAUGUGUGAAGAAUGCAUGCUUGGGGUGCAAAUGGACAUACAAAAUGAAGCUCCAAAAACUGCUAGAACCUCAAACGAUUCAUUCAUGAAUAGAAUUGUUGAAAUAUCUACAAAUGCUAGCGCUUUCAGAUUUAAGAGUGGUUUAAAAUUGAACGUAGAGGGUUCAGAUGUUGAGGAAAUCCAAACAAAGAAAGAAAAUUCUUCUUCUCUUUUAUCUGCUAAGAAACAUGCAAGAAACUCAGAAGCUGGUCUGGUGACAAAAAGGUGUCUUGAAACAAGUGUUAAAUCAUCCAGGGCCUCAAGAACCUUCAGUAAAUCUCUACUUCAUGGGAAGUCUUCGUCUAAGAAUUCAGAUGAUUGCUUACCAGCAGUGACAGGUGAUAAACCAUCCCAAUUGCAAUCACAAAUUCAGUUGCAGCGGGGUUCUCUCUUUAAGUCAAAAUCAUUUAACAUUACAGACUCGAAAGUGAAAGGCCAUCUUGCAAAAGAUGUCAGUGUCCAAAAGCAAAAAAUUGCCAGCAUUACUACUGUUGAGGACAAGAGAAAGGAAGGACGUACCAGAAUACUGUGUAAAUCCUUGUCAUUUGAUAACAAUAGCUUACACCUUUCAAAUGCUGCUGAUGCAAAGGUUACAAAAGAAUGCCAGUCAACUCAAGUGAAUUAUACGGCUGAAUUUCAUCCUACAGUUAGUUCACCAGUUGCUAGUUCUGGUAUCUCAUCAUCGAGUGUAAAAGAAAAUGCAUCUCGUGGUGAAACAUUCUCAUCAGUAUCCAACUACCAUGACCUCGAGGCUGUCCAGGGUCAUGAGCUAUCACAUAAUUCAUUGAACCCAUUUAGUCAUCUGGUGCAGCAAGGCUUAAAAUAUCCAGAUGGGUUUGAUGAUGUGAGCCGGCAUGUUGAGCACUCCACAGAAGCAGCUUCUGCUACAAAAGAAAAUCAUUCAAAUACUAUGUUUCCUUCCAAUGAAAUUCCCUAUUUGAGAAACUUUCCAUGGUUUACGGCAGCCAUUCCGUCUCAGAUUUCUGCUGUUCCACAGCUUCAUUGCAUAUGGCAAGGCGAAUUUGAAAUUCAGAGAAGUGUAAAACUUCCAAGCUCUUGUAACGGGGUCCAAGCGCACUUAUCAACUUAUGCUUCACCUAAAGUUCUUGAAGUAGUUCUCAAGCUUCCUCAAAAAAUUAUAUUGCAGGAAGUACCCCGCUUGAGCAUUUGGCCAACUCAGUUCUCUGAAAAUCAUGCUACAGAAGAUAAUAUUGCUCUCUACUUUUUUGCCAAAGACCUUGGAAGCUAUGGAAGGAACUACAAGAGCCUGCUGGAACGCAUGAUUAAGAAUGACUCAGCACUCAAAGUAAAUUUGGAUGGCGCGGAACUGUUAAUUUUCUCAUCUAACUCUCUGCCUGAAAACUCUCAGCGUUGGAAUAAAUUAUUGUUUUUUUGGGGUGUAUUUCGAGGAAGAAGGGUUAGCUGCUCACAAGACAUACAGAGUUCCAAGAGGAGAGAAGAAAGAGAUGUUAGAAGGCAGGAAACAGAUCUCAAACGUCGUUUUCAAGAAAGCGAAGAAUAUGUUGUAGACCAAGAACGUGAAUGUAAGAGGAUGAAGAGCUGUUUCAGUGUGGCGUAUGGAUGUGAUGGUUCUACAGGCACAAAGUAUCUUGGUGAUAGACUUCCAUCCUUCGAGAAUCCCAGAUGGGGUGGAGUCUAUAGUAUGGCUGCAUCUUCACCAGAGAGGCAAAUACUUCCAAACGAUGAAAGGGGUCGGUCGGAACACGGGGUUCCAAAUCUUGAGCUUUGUUUGGGUGUCGAAAACAAAUCAAACAAGCAGGGAGUCAUGCCUUCCUUUCUUGGUAUCAUGGACAACAGAACUGACCAAGACAAGCAUUUUGAGCCACAGGUUAACAAAAGCAAUAAAGAUGAUGAUGAAGUCUCUUUAUCACUAUCACUUUCCCUUGCAUUACCUUUUUCCAACAAUUAGCAAGUGUGAAAUCUUGUCAGAACAAAGCAGUUGUUGCUUGAGAGGCAUGCUGUGAAAACCUCCCUGCCACUUUCUGGUGGCUUUGCAAGCUCUUAGAUAUAGAAAGAUAUACUGUGAAUAGUUACCAAACCAUGGAUGAAAAAAAAUCUUUUCAUGUAUACCAGGAAUCAGGAUAAUGAUAACGACCCUAGUCUUAUUUUAAUAGAGUCCAAUUUUCCAUCUGGUUUAGAAUU